GUUAUUAUGUAUUCAAAAAAUCCCUAUACACGCUCUGCUUUCAAGCAAAACGAACCGAGUUAUCAACCUUAUCCUCAAGAUGAUUAUUACUAUUAACCUCAGCCACCGCCCCAUUACUAAUAGGCUCCCCCUCCAUAUUAUGACCAACCAUACCCACCUUAUUAUCAAUAGCCUCAACCAUCAUUCUACGAUUAACCAUACCCUCCCUACCACGAUUAACCAUACCCUCCCUAUCAGACUUCUUUGCCAAGAAAGAGCUUCACAGAAUCCUCCUUAAGACCCUUUUCCAAUUAUUACGAAGGAGAUGGCAUGAUCACCGACAUCGAAUACUUGGAUUUUCCAGCUGACAAAACAUACAAACGCACUCCCCUCAAUCAAAGAAGCCAUAACAAAGUAAUAAACAUCAAAAAACAAAGUAUUUAAACCAACUUAAUUCUAUAAAGAUAAGAACCCUGUUACUAUCUUCUUUACUGUCCUAUUAGAACAGUUAAAUACUGAGAGACAAAUAGAGGAACUGAAAAGAAAGUUGGUGCUUGCCUAGGAUUUCAAUCUUCCUCAAUUGUUCCAAGUAUAUUUUGCCCUCUCAUCCGUAGAUAAUGGAUAGGAAUCAUACUUAAAAUAUUACCUUUGAAGAACUCUUUUUAGGUUUCUCAGAUCUAGGCAUAAAAGUCGAAUAAAAUCAACUCUACCUAGUCUACAUCAGAUUUUCAGAAUUCAACAGCACCGACAGAAUGUCACUGCAGGAAUUUGAGCAGAUAUUUUUGCCCCUUGGAUAGACUUCCAAAAAACAAAAGAGUUCGAAUACAGUAAUGCACAUUUGAUUUGAAUUUUUAGUUGCUAGGACCUUAAACGAAGUUUAUUUUGAAUGACCUGAUGAAGCUAUAUCAAAUAAAUGAGUAAAGAUUUGAAAACUCAAGAGCCUUAUUGUAAAAAGAAAGGAUUGACAUCUCGCAGAUCUACUAAAUGAUUGAUGUCAACUAAUCGAGAAACAUAGGAUUGAAUGAGUUUAUGAAUGCCCUCAAUUCUUACAGCUCAGUUAAAGUUGUGCCUUCAGAAGCAGCAUUAUUAUUUAUGAGAUUUGAUAGAUCCAGAAAUGGAACCAUAUCUUUUAUGGAAUUUAAAAGAGAGAUGGAAUUAAAAUUGGCAUGA